AUGGAUCUCCUCGAAGUACGCGACCUCCUCGAGUUCCCCGACGGGAACAACGCCAGCGACACUGUCAUCAAUGGCGUCCACUUCAACCUCACCACUCUGCUGCACUUCAACUUUACCCUAUACAGCAAUGGCACGCUUUCCAAUGGAUCCCGAUGCAUCCUGACCGACGGCGACUACACACCCGACUACGUUUGGACCAAUGGCAGCUUCAUCAACUCGACAUCAUGCUACAACCCCGUCGACCCCAUAGGUGACCGCGCCAUCGCCGGCAUCGUCUUCGCCGUCCUCUUCGCCUUCUGCCUGGUUCUCGUGCUCAUGAACUUGAAGAAGCAUGGCACCCUGCACUUGCCCGGCGAAAAGCGGUUCACACCCAUUGGCCGGCGAUGGCAGUGGUACUGGAGCAUCUGGGUCAUUGCUAUGGCCGUCGUCAGUCUCUUCACGAAUGUUGACGUGGACCGCUUCCGUGUCAUGGGCCUACCGAUCAUUCUCAACAGCUUCUUCUGGUACUUGAUGCAACACGGCGUGCUAGCGCUCGUUUGGGAGGCGGCACGUCACUGGGGUAGUUGGCAAGAGCGGCAAUUCAUCGACCCUGAUCCUUUUGUGCUGCGAGAGGACGACAGGCGCGCCAAGUUUGAGUUCUGGAUGCCUCUGGUGUUCUACCUAUUCAUCUGGCUCAACUUUUUCAUGAUCAUUCCCCGCAACUGGGGCAGGAUCGAGCUCCAACGCACGCCUCAGCAGAUCGAGGACAAAGCUGGCCCCGCGGCGACAGACGUCCGCUUCAAGAUCGCCGCGCUCUUCCUCUUGUUCUGCUGGAUUAUCAUCGUUGUCUCCCUCCGCCACUCCGUCAAGCACUACAAACCUCGCAACCGCGGAAUCAUCAACAAGACGAUUGGCCUCGUCAAGUACACCCCUCUCCGCUUCCGCCUACUGCUACCUUUGGCACUCGUUGUCGUCGGUUUCCAGGCCUUUUGCGCCUUUACUUUCGACUACUCUGUACUAAAUGCCCAGUCGAGUCUCGCAUCCGUCUAUGUGGGUGGCUAUGUACCGGCUCUCCUCAUUCUCGUUGUUCAGAUUGUUUGGGGCUUCCGCACCCCGAACGAAGACAAGGAGCUCAUUCGCCAGCGCCGGACCCGUGGCCAAGAGUACGAUCGCGAGAUGGGCUACGUCCAGAAGCCCAGCUGGUGGCGCCGUGGCAAUAACGCCAUGCGCCAUGACCAAGCUGGCACCGACAGUGGUGCGACUUCGCGCGGCGUUAAGCACGCACGCAUCAAGGAGAUGCGCAAUGCUGAACGUCACCGCGGCCUGGUGGAGCUGAGGGAUCUGACCAAAAGCGGACCUGGUGGUGGGCCAAACCCGGCCCGUCGACAGUCGGAAGUCAACCUCCUCGACGGGUCGAAGAAACCCAGCGCCGACGCGUCAUACAUGGGCAAAUCCGACAGGCGACGGACGGAGCAUGCUAGGAACGCUGCCGCCGACUUGCUCUUCCCCGCUGCAGGCGGACAAUCUGCUAGUGAAGCACAAGCUGCCAGGAGGGCAGAGCUGAUGAUGGACGGACCAGCGCCGCCGCCGUACGCGGGACAGCAACGGGGCCGUGGAGAAGGCGACGCCGCCACAGACGUGACAACCUCGCCGGGUGGCGCGGCGAGAAGUCCCAGUGCCAACACGGGGACUUCUUCUGCACCACCGCAGAAAAUAAAGAGCAUGUUGGACGUGUAG